CGUCUUUGUUUUCUACACAGCUACAGAACGGGAAGGCGGGGACUCUUCGGGACUGCUAGCAAGCGUACACACGGGGGAAGCGGAAGCUAGCUUUGAAAAUAUUUAUGUAGCGAUGAUACCAAUAAUUCUGUGAAUUACGUGUGACUAACUCCAGUUACAACUGAGGACAGGGAGCCAGGAUCGUAAACGUGAGAGGUAAUGUCGGCCAAAAUAAACCCAAGUAAAGGCAAAGACAGCUGUGAAGUUAUCAAAAGCUAUCACAAGCAGGCGUUUGAGUAUAUAUCGAAGGCACUACGGAUCGACGAAGACGAUACAGGAGAAAAAGAGGAAGCGGUGCAGUGGUACAAGAAAGGGAUCGCUGAACUUGAAAGGGGUAUUACUGUGGAGAUCACGGGAAGAGGGGAUCAAUAUGAGCGAGCAAAGAGACUUCAGGACAAAAUGGUCAACAAUCUCACCAUGGCAAAAGACAGGCUUGCACUGUUAGAGACGACGCUGGCGUCUAAAAGGAGGAGUGAUCCCCAGAAGCCCUCGAAUCAGUUUGUACCACAAGCGAAGCCCGUUCCUAAAAGCCAGCCGGCUGUGCGUGGCGUGGCCGCAAACAUCAGACCCUCCACUACAUCUAGAUUCACACCUAGACCCACAGAUCCAAAGACGACCCCUCGGGUGGGAAGAGCCCAAAACGGAAGACCUCCAGCUGCGAAACAGCCACCGAAGAGGGAUAUGAAGAACUUUAAGAAUGUGGACAGCAAACUGGCCAACUUGAUUAUGAAUGAAAUCGUUGACAGUGGAGCAUCUGUAUCCUUUGAGGACAUUGCAGGACAGAAUCUGGCCAAGCAAGCACUCCAGGAGAUCGUCAUCCUUCCUGCUUUAAGACCAGAGCUCUUCACGGGUCUACGAGCACCAGCACGGGGUUUGCUUUUGUUUGGCCCUCCCGGAAAUGGGAAAACCAUGCUGGCCAAAGCAGUCGCAGCAGAGUCAAAUGCCACUUUCUUCAACAUCAGCGCUGCCAGUUUGACCUCUAAAUAUGUGGGGGAAGGUGAGAAGCUUGUCAGAGCACUUUUUGCUGUUGCCAGAGAAUUGCAGCCCUCUGUCAUCUUUAUUGAUGAAGUGGACAGCCUGCUUUGUGAGAGGAGGGAGGGGGAACAUGAUGCAUCUCGCCGCUUGAAAACAGAGUUCCUCAUCGAGUUUGAUGGGGUACAGUCAGGAGGAGACGACAGGGUGCUUGUAAUGGGAGCAACCAACAGACCUCAGGAGCUUGAUGAAGCAGUACUAAGACGCUUUGCAAAAAGAGUUUAUGUGAUGCUGCCAGAUGCAGAGACAAGAUUUACACUGCUGAAAAAUCUUUUGGGAAAGCAUGGGAAUCCACUGAGCAAAAACGAACUGGCCCAUCUUGCAAAAAUGACUGAAGGAUAUUCAGGAAGUGAUCUCACAUCAUUAGCCAAAGACGCUGCACUCGGCCCGAUCAGAGAGUUGGGGCCAGACCAAGUACGCAGUAUGGCUGUUAAUGAGAUGCGUAACAUCAAGAUGAAAGACUUUGAGGAUUCCCUGAAGCGCAUUAAGCCCAGCGUUAGCCCGGCCACGCUCAGCAUGUACACCAAAUGGAACAAAGACUUUGGUGACACGACAGCUUUUUGAAAUGUACUUUUAAUGACCAGUUGUAAAAAAAAAAAAAAAAAAGUGAAGUGAAAGUGAAAAUAAAACACCAGCUGAUGCAUCUGUUUCUCCUCUACGGGUACAAGACAUCAAGUACAGUAAUAAGCAAACCUUUUGUAGUUUGGUAAAGCCUUACAAGGAAAAUGUAGAGAUGUUUAUACGUUUCCUUAGUUACCAUGAUUCUAUAUUGUAUUGUUUUACUUCUCUAACAUUGUCUUACUACUUGAAAUAUUAUUUAUUCUUAAGAAUGUCCUGUGAAUCUCAACAUAGAUAGUCUCACUGGUUCAGGUAGUUUUUGCACAUGAGAAAUCUGAUGUACGGAUGCGCUGAUCACCAAGUGCUCUCUGUGCUCGUACACAUGCAAGAAUGAGGAUUAGAGGAAAAAGAUUUAUAAGUUUGAACCAUUGUGUAUUAUAAAUCCACAGCACUUAAUGUCUACAUGCGUGAUGUUAUUGACAGGAGUGGACUGCAGUGCAAGACAAAUAUGUCUUCCCCCAGAGGAGUCAUCAGUGUUUAGAUUCAAAGCGCUUCAUAAAACUGUAAAGACUUCCCAAUUUUCUCAUGCAUCAAUAAAAACAUUCUUGAAA